UACCGUUCGAACACCUCCAUCAAACGAACUAAAAAAGCUCCACUCAACCUCUCGAGAAACCCACCUUCGACCUCAAAAAUCCCCAACCAAAAAUUUUAGAAGCAAAAAAAAUAAUAAUAAUAAUAACAACCCGAUAAACCCUAACCAUUUAAUCCACUCCAUCUCUAUAAAUAAGUAGGGUAAAGAAGAAAAGCUUAAAUGCUCCUUUCAUGGCGCCUCUUCCGAGCUCUUUGCUUUCCAUCCUCAAAUUUCUAUGAUUUUGUUCUCUGUUCAUCCAUUUGCUAGCUCGAUCUCCAUUUUUUUUGCAUCGUGUUGUUGUUGAGGGUUUCUGAUGGAGAAGCUUCUGGUAAGGGUGUUACUAGUACUAACACUGUUCCUGGGGUUGGACUGUGGCUACUGCGAUAAUGGGAAAGGAAUGGGGAUUUUCAGAUCUGAGAAGAUGCGGGAGUUGGAUUCGAGCGGAGCUUUGUCGAACGGAGGUGGAGGAGGCGCAGUUGAGCUCUCGGCUUUGAAUACUCGAAUUCCAAAUAUACGGAGAUUUCUUCAGCUUGGCCGUGCAUAUGAAGGCGGACAACGUAAUGACGUAGAGCGUCAGCCGAAAGUGCUCGCAUCACCAGCACCAGCCCCAGCAUUCAUGGGAAAGCAACACCGAAAAGGCCAUAAUAAGGAGAAUAUCCUUAUUCCACCAUCACCAGCACCAAUCUCAUCUCUAAUCCAUUCCCCCUCAACUCCACCCUUCUUACCUACAUCUCGACCCCUAGGAUUCCCAUCAUCAGCAAAGCCUUCUGCACAAAUAUCCUUUCCACCUUCAUUUAACCUAAAUCCGCCUCCUAUUGCCGCUUCUAACGUAAAACAUGCAACUAUUUGGCCUAUCUAUGCCUCAGUAGCAGCAGGGGUUUUACUUCUCGCCAUAUUGGCACCAUUUCUUCUAUGUUGCCGAGCCAGCAAUGUAGUAACUGUUAGCCCUUGGGCUACCGGUCUAAGUGGGCAACUGCAGAAAGCAUUUGUGACAGGUGUGCCUGCACUUAAAAGGUCAGAACUGGAAACAGCUUGCGAAGACUUCAGCAAUAUUAUUGGUUCAUUAUCUGAUGGUGUGCUGUACAAGGGAACAUUGUCAAGUGGAGUUGAGAUAGCAGUUAUAGCUAGCAGGAUAAAAUCCGCAAAAGAUUGGUCCAAACAAUGCGAAUCCCAGUUUAGAAAGAAGGUCACAAGUUUGUCUAGAGUUAACCACAAGAAUUUUGUCAACCUGAUUGGGUACUGCGAGGAGGAAGAGCCGUUUACCAGGAUGAUGGUGUUCGAGUAUGCUCCUAAUGGGACACUUUUCGAGCAUCUCCACAUUAAAGAAACCGAAUCAUUAGAUUGGCCAACACGCCUUAGAAUAGCCAUGGGAAUAGCCUACUGUUUAGAGCACAUGAACCAGCUAAGCCCCCCUUUCAUUCUCAAAAACCUCGACACAUCAACCAUUUAUCUAACAGACGAUUUUGCCGCCAAGGUCUCGGAUCUUGAUUUUUGGAAUGAAGAACAAGAAAGAAAGGCUACCGAUUCUGAUGACUCAUUAUCGUCAGACCCAGAAAGUGUUGUGUUCAAGUAUGGCAUAAUCCUCUUGGAAAUAUUAUCGGGCCGGUUUCCAGUAUCGGAUGGAAGUGGCUUGCUUGUGAACUGUGCUUUGCCCUACUUGAAUCAGGAGAGUCCCAUGAAAGAAUUGAUCGAUCCAACCCUUGAAUCAUUUAAUGAAGAAAGUGUAGAUGCAUUAUGUGAGGUAAUCAGAUCCUGUAUUGAUUCCAAAUUGAAGAAGAAACCCACAAUGGGAGAGGUUGCGAGCAAAUUGAGGGAAAUUACGGCGAUGUCACCAGAUGGAGCAACUCCGAAAGUGUCCCCAUUGUGGUGGGCUGAGCUCGAGAUUAUAUCUUCGGAGAUGAACUGAACGUGAAUAGACAUUUCUGUUUGGGUGCUGGUUUGUCCAUAAGAAGUUUUUCAGACAUAUGAAAUGCGCUAUACAUAAUUUAUGUUUAUGUUUUUUUUUUCUUCUGCAUAUGAUCGUAAGUCAUGUACAGGAAUAAGAGGUGUUUGAUCGUUGACGCACAUAGGAGUUAUGGUUUGCCUGUUUUUGUGAAGAAUGUAAGUGGAACACGAUGAUUGCUUGAAGAAUACGAAUUUAAAUAGUGCAUUGUAUAAUCUUUAA